UUAUUUAUGUGCGACGACGGCGAAGGGAGAAAGAUGGCGGCGGCCAUGGUGCAAAUGUCUUGUUUGUACCGUGGGAUGCUAGCGGUCAGGGUAACUGGAAUCCGACCGCUCAUCCCAGGCCUGGUGCCGUCGCAGUUAAGAGCAUUUUCUGUGAAGAAGGAGAAAGAGCCGGAACUGGAGGACAAUCCAUAUUAUAAUAAAUAUCAGGAAAAGAUCAGAAAGCUACGGAGUGCCAAACCGCAGGAGUUCAACGCUCGGCUCGAGAAGCGAAAUGAAAUGAAACGGGAGCCACUCGGACACUCCAAACAAUCAGAGUUCGUCAAACUCAUGGAGCAGGAGCUAGAGAAGCGUGACAACCAGGCUGAUGGUUCAGGCAGAUUCACCAAAGACAAGACCCUAGGAUCUAUCCUGAAUUUGGACUUGAUCCAGGAUAUGUCAGGAGAAGAAAUUGCAGAGCUUUGGAGGCAGUAUUAUGCCACAAAAGACACCAUAAGCGCUGUCAUACCAGCUCACGUUUUUGAAGUCAUUUUCAACAGAGCUAAGUGCAACCCUGUGUUCCUGUAUGCGUUACCCCAAAAGGAGGGCUAUGAAUUUUUCCUGGGGCAGUGGUCGGACCACGAGCUGCAUUUCACGUCCCUGAUCAAUGUCCAGACCAUGGGAGAGCACGCCCCCAGUCAGUUGAUCCUCUACCAUUAUUCUGACCUGCAGAAAGACAAGGGUGUAGUGCUCAUGACUGCUGAGAUGGACCCUAAGUUCAUGACAGUACAUCUGGCUCAGUGCUUGGCCAAUCAGGUGCAGCUGUUCUACGGAACCCAGCGGCAGGAGAUUUUUCGAUUGGUGGAGACCUUCAACCACAAACCAGCUGACUUUAAACACAUGGCAGUGAUCGCUGAGUUGGAACAGAGUGGCGUCAAUCCUGCGCUCACCUCUGGGAGCUAGAUCAAGAGUUGUCAGACUGUGAAAUUAUGCUCCAAUUUACCAAGGGAUUGGCACAUGGUCAUUCAUUUGGAGCCAAUCUUGCGUUUACUAGAAUUAUGUAUUUUGCUUGGCACUAAUGACCUGGUUGACCAGAUGCAUCAUUCAAAAUCUAUGCUACAUUCCUGGGCAUAGAUGAUGUAAUGAAUCAAUGUUAUUUAAUCUUAUCAAAGCCUUAAAUGUUAUUUUUCACCUUGCCCCUGUCCAUCUUACUGUUGUACAUGACAGUAGUAUUCCUGUCAGAACCCAGUCUGCAACCCAUAAGGCACUCUAUACUGUACAUAGUGCAUUACAUUUGACUAGAGGUAGUAGUGCUCUAUACACAGAAUAGGGAUCCAUUUUUGUGUAUGGUGUUUCCCCUUCCAAAUAUUCUUGUUAUUUUUAUAUAGUAUAACUGCAGGAAUUUGGCUUUCAAAACAAUGAAGUGUACAAUGAGAUUUCGUACAUAAGUAUAUUUCUACAUAUAAGUAAACUCAGCAAAAAAAGAAA